GACCCUUUUUGACAAUUUAACCAACUACACCCAAAGCCGUUAACACCUACGUAUAGCGAGAAGACCGCCAGCAAUGUCAAAAGUUCAAUUAUUUUUCAUGAAGACACAGUAGGCUGUAGCAGAUUACUGUCAACACUUUCCUCUUUUAGUAAACACAACACGGUUCAAAUCAGCAAGUGCGAAGACUCGCAGAGUAAAGAGAUCAACUACAAAUAUGUUUAACUGUAGCGCAAAGCCUAACCACACGGAAGCGCCGCUCAUUAUGUUUGAACGAGUGGGCUACACGCUUGUGUUUUCCGCUGGCCUUGUCUUAAACAUCACGGUUCUCUUCAUCUUCAGUCGCAUCAAACGCUGGAACGACACCCACAUCUACAUGCUAAACCUGCUCAUCGCAGACUUCUUGGCCAUUAUUUUCCUACCAUUCAGAAUAUUGGAGACUUUCUGUUCACUGGAUAAGACCAAGUUGUGUACAAUUCUGUUGUGCAUGCAUUUCUCCAACAUGUACUGCAGUAUAUGCACCAUCACAGCCAUCAGCGUGCACAGAUUCCUAGCUGUCAGAUUCCCAUUUCUGGGCAGAGCAGAUAUGGCCAAACGUCAGAAGAUUGCAGUUUCGGUGUGUAUCCUCAUCUGGACGACAAUCACGAUAAUCUGUGCGAUAUUUCAUACAGAUCUUUCCCCAGAUGAUUUAUCAACCUGUUAUAACAGAAAACAGGAGAAAAAGCUCAAUUUGACCUUUUUUCUUAUUUUAGAGAUAGUUGGAUAUCUCGUUCCACUAACCAUCAUCAUAUUGUGCUCCACACAAACCAUUCACAACUUGGUGAAGUCUAUUAAAAAUGUUGAGAAGAUCGAAGGGAUGAAAAGAAAAUCUAUUGCCGCUGUGAUCUCUGCUAACAUGUUCACAUUCAUUGUUUGUUUUACGCCUAUUCACAUAGGAUUUUUGUUGCAAUAUUUAUCAAAAGAUAAGGUAUUGCUUUGGUUUUUGAAUGUGGCGGAGUGGAUAGCUACAACCAACUGCUGUCUAGAUUCAAUUGGGUAUUAUUUUCUGCUUAAACGAGUUUCCAUAAUCUAUGUUGAUUCAAGAAAAUAA